AUGAAGGGUCUGGACAAGAUGUUCUUUAGCCAGAGGUUGACCACAGCACCUCCAUCUGAGCUGCCAUCUUCAGCAACUCCAGUCAAAACCACCCGAUCGGAGAUGGCUAAGGACGCACCUGAACUCCUCGGCACGCCCUGUGCGCUCGCCGCUGAGCGCGCUAAGGAGCGCUCUCUCGUCAUCAAGCGAAAGAAUCCGGUCGUCACUGAGGCGGAGAAGGAGUACCCGAACAAAAAGUUGCAUCAAGAGCGACUUCGGCAUCCACAGCGCCAAGGACUCAAACGCCCGAUGGAAAUCACCCAGAUUGGACUGAGAGUCUCCGCCAAGUUGCGUGAGAAGAGGGACCCUCUCCAGCGCCACGAACGCAAGUCCCAGGCUCGCAAGGCCCGGGCCUGCAAGGCAUGUCCGGGACCCCGACAUCGAGAAGCCCAUCCUCCAGCAGGGGAUCAAGAUGCCGUGGAGACUCAUCCUCAGCAGCAUCUUGCUGAGUGUCUACAUCUCCUAUUGGAACGCGAAGGCAUGAAACAGAUCUGGACUCUCUCCACACUGCGAGCGUCGGCCACAAAGACACGCCACUGGUUCGCCCAGCACCGAGAGGAGAUUUCCUUCAUCAGCCUGAUCGAGGCCUCAGUGACUAUCCCCUUCCUGAUCGCCGCCGUCGCGUUCUACUGCUACGUCCUCAACUACCACUGGGCUGCGUACGACUGGGUCUGGGAAAAAAUAUGA